UUUGUGUUCCUCUCGUGCUCAUUUCCACGCGAGCACAACCGAUAAGAAUAAAAAAACAACUGCCCAGUGAAAAAAGUAAGAGGAGGAAAUAAGAAUAGAGUAGUUAUCCCGGAUUUGUCAGUGGCCCGAGAUAGUGUGAGUACCCGCAUCAUUGAAUUCAUCAGUAUUUACUAAUGCGCCAAUUGAAAAAGUAGACAUACUGCAUGUCCCCAAGUAUGUAACGCCCCAGUGGCUCUUCAUUGUCACUCGCCACACCACAACAGACACUUGUCGAAUGCUGUGAAAAAAGUGCACUUCAUGGGCGUGAAAAUUGAGCAAUUGACACUUCCCUAAAACCCAAUGAUCAUAAGACAGUGAACCGAGUGAAAAUUUGUGCUCGUCGGACGUAAUGGGUGUGAUCAAGUGUAGCAACCGCACAUCUUGAAAGAUAACCACAAUCAUCGAAGUAGAUUAUAAUACUUAACAAUCCCUCCCCCCACCGCGAACGUAAAAACUUAAAAACGGAGGCGAAAAAGUGCGAGAAAUUCCGGCGAAAGAUGAGCCUCAGCAUAUCGAAAUUCUUCUCAAAGAAGAAAACCCCCACCGACCAGAGUAUCGGUGAGAUCGGUCUUCCAACGGACGUUUCGCACAAGUUUCACGUGAUAAAAAACGCGAAAACGGGGAAAUUGGAGGGCCUCCCGGACUCGUGGCUCCGUCAAUUGAAUUCCCAGAUAACGAAACAUGAGCAGGACACCCACCCGGCAGCGGCCCUGCACGCGAUAACGUUCUACAAUUAUUCGAUAUCAAUAAAGAAGAAACCGCAGCAGGAAAUAUUCAAGCCGUUCGUGACGGAGGAUUUCAUAGAGGAGGAGCGCCAGGAGAUCGACAAAAUCCUGGCCAAGAAGAAGUAUCAGUCUGGGGACUCUGAUGGCUCGACUUCGGCGAGUUCUACGGACAGCCAGCGACUGCCGGAGCUGCCGCCGAAGCAGAACAAGCCGCCGAAGCCGGCCCCCAGGAAGCACCAGCAGGCGCAGCAGGAGCGAGUGGAGAAGACUCUGACGGAGAUCCUGGAGGAUCUGAACUCUUACACUCUCGAUGCCGAGGCUCUGGCGAAGGACAACGUGGCGCGAACGCCGACUGAGAGCCCAGUCCUCAGGAGGAAGACGGACUCCUCGGAGGGGAAGAUGGGUGACGAGGAGGUCUACGAUAAGCUGAGGAGCAUCUGCCAGUGUGGCGACCCCAAUCGCAGGUUCGAACGCACCAAAGAGGUCGGGGCUGGGGCCUCCGGAGUCGUCUUCAUAGCGACUGAUCUCGUUAACAACGACAAGGUCGCCAUCAAGGACAUAGAUCUAUCGAAGCAACCAAAGAAGGAACUCAUACUCACGGAGAUCAAAGUACUGAAGGAAUUCCAACACCCGAAUUUGGUGAAUUUUCUGGAUGCGUAUCUGGUUGGGGAGCACCUCUGGGUGGUUAUGGAGCUGCUGCAGGGGGGACCGCUGACUGACGUCGUCACUGAGACCAUCAUGAAGGAGGUGCAGAUAGCAGCAGUUUGCCGGGAAGUUCUCAAGGCCAUAAGCUUCUUACACUCCAAGGGAAUCAUCCACAGGGACAUCAAGUCGGAUAACGUUUUGUUGGGCAUGAAUGGGGCUGUUAAAGUUACGGAUUUUGGGUUUUGUGCCAAUAUCGAUGGCGACGAGAAGAGACAGACUAUGGUGGGGACUCCCUACUGGAUGGCGCCUGAGGUUGUCACCAGGAAGCAGUAUGGCAAGAAGGUCGAUAUCUGGUCACUGGGGAUCAUGGCGAUUGAGAUGAUCGAGGGAGAGCCACCUUAUUUGAAAGAGACACCACUUAGAGCGCUUUAUCUAAUUGCUGCCAUUGGCAAACCCUCGAUACCUCGGUGGAACUCACUGAGUGCUACCUUUCAAAAUUUUUUGGAACGCUGUCUCGCGGUGGAGGUCGACGAGCGUGCCACUGCCGAUGAACUCCUGGCGCAUCCCUUCUUGGAUAAUUGCGCCGAAUUGUCGAGCCUCAGGAAACUCAUCGAGGUUGCACAGACGCGGUUGCAAAAAGUAUUCUAGAUUUUUUUAUUUCACGUUUCAAAAACUCAUUCCAUAUCUCGUCGUCAUGUUUAGUUCAUUUGCAUAAAUAUUUUUAAUUUGAUGUUUUGGUGAAUCAUGUGUGGACGGAUACUGUGAGUCAAUGGUGGGCUCGAUAUGUGGGCAAUUAUAAAAUAUUGAAACAAUAUUGUAGACAUUCAGUAAGUCUUGUACUUAUCAAGAUGAUUUUUAUGGAGAUUUUUACACGAGCAGAUUCUUCUCAUCUGCGAUUCAAAGUCUCCAGAUAUUCCCGGGGUACGUGGCAAUUUUUUUAUUCUAGAAGGCCUAAUUUUUACUCGACACAGAUGGAUAGGGACAAGUGGGGUAAAAUGGACACUCGACUUUUCGUGAAUCCUCAACGAAAUGGGAUAAUUUUUUUAUCUAUGAAAAUACUGCGCUUUCCCAUUUAAUAACUGUUUUUAUGAACAAAAUGUCAAGUGCCCAUUACGCCCCACCCCCUGUUCUCCCCCACGAGAUUAAGGCUUCCUUCAAAAUUGAGGAGUUGUUUCUGUAUUAAUCAGAGUAUUAAUUGUGAUGAAAGGACCAAACGCAACAUAUCUGCUGUAUUUUUUAUAUCAACUACAAGUGAACAUUUUCGAGAGGAUUUUUUUUUAUCGAAAGAGUAAGAAAGCAUCACUCGUUACGAAUGAAAAAAAUGUACCCAUUUUAUACGAAAUGUAUUCUGUUGUGAACCCUCGUGCCUAGAGCAUCAUUAUAUUGCUCAACGUUUAAUAUGAUUAUGUAUGUAACUACUUAAAAAUUGUAUGUAUAUAUGUAUGAGACAAUUUAUAUUGAAUUAUAUCGAAAUUUUACUGAUAUAA